AUGGCAAAUAAUCGAUCAUCAACACAUCCUAUUUCUGCUGAUUUCUCAGCACUUCUUCAUGCAAAUUUUAAACAAUUAAAUUCUCUUCCAAUUUUCGAUGUUGAUUUUCUUGAUAAAGAUAAUGAUUGGUUUUUGCUUUGCUUUUUACGCGAACAACAACGAAAUGGUCGCUCAUUUGAAGUUACUCUCUCUGGUUUAAAUAGUAUCGUCGGUGUACUAGCUGAUACUUCAUAUUUUCGUAGUGUAAUUGACAAUAAAAUUGGUUUUUUAAAUCAAAACCAUCAUCUGAUCGGAGAAAGUGCCUCAAAUAAAAGUUCAACAUGUCAAGAAAUAUCAUUAGCAUUAAAAACAAUUUGUGAAUUAUUUCCAGGUCGAUAUUCUUCUUUAAAAAAAACAAAUUUAGAUCUUCAAGAUGAUGAAAACAAUGAUAAUAAAACGAAAAAAAAAUUAAAGAAUGAAGAAUAUUCAAUGGUUAUGUCUAAUGCUACUGAAGUUGGUUUAUUAAAUAAUUUAGCAAAAGUUAAUACUAUCUUGCUUCAUGCAGAUGGUGAUGCUGCAUUAAAUAAGCUUGGCUAUUAUGAUCAAGGAAAAUAUGAAACAUCAGCUGGCGUGAGCUUAUUUUGCGACGCUUCAGAUGGGAUUUUUGGUGGUUUCAUCAGAGGAACGGGUGUGUCUCAAGUGAAAAUCGAUCGACCAGUAGCUUUGCUUAAUAUGUUAAUUGCUAGUACUGGUUCCAAAUUAGCUUCUAUGCUUCAAAGAUUUUAUGAUACCAAAGAUCAAGAUGGAGUAUAUGGACGAGUUUUUUUUACUUGGUGUCAAUCUAUUAGUGAAUUACCAAUGGCCAAAACAAUAAGUUUUACAAAUGUACCAUCAUUUUCUCAUUUUGCUUAUGCUGUAGCUCAAUUUUUUGUCAAUCAAUUCGAAUUUCGUCAUUUAGCAAACAAGUCUGACACUAUCACAACAAACAACGACUAUAUUCGUGGUGAAGAACGUUUAAUACAAGAAAGGGAUAAACAAAAGGUUACCACACGAUUGACUUAUUCAACUUGUUUUGAUGAAAAUGAUAUUCAAAUAAAUAGUGUUAAUGGUACAAAUGAUAAUGAUGAACAAAUGUCGUCUUUCAAAUUAUUUAAAAUUUUACUUGAUGAUUGGUGGAAAGCAUCAAAAUCUGCUGAACAUCAUUUAAAACCAGUUCUUCGAAAAGUAGUGAACAUGUUAUCAAAAUGUAUAUGGUCAAUGAAAAUUGUACGUAUUAUAUUUCGAUUAAUGGGUGAAAAUUUAAACAGCAUCAAUCAGCAACAAGGAGAUCGUACAACAUUAAAUUCGACUUGUAUUGAUGUAGAAUUCCAACAUGCUAUUCAAAUAUCAAUUAAUAAUUAUCUGUCAACCGAAUGUCAAGAAACAGGACAUCAACAUUACAUCAUGUGGUCAAAUAAUAAUGACAUAGUUGUUGGCUAUAACUGGUAUUCAAGAAAAAUGCUUGUCGUCGAAACACUUUUAACAUUGAAAUUAGUAUCAGAUGUAAUUACUGAACGUGCUGGUAAAAAACAGUUGAAAAAUCACAAGAACAAACAAUAUUUGACAAGCAAUAAAAAGGGCCCAGGAUCAGGCUGCCUUUCUCAUUCAAAUGACUUGAAGCCAGAUCAAAUUCUUUUACCUUUAUAUGAAAGCGGUUUGAUUAUUGGUGGAAAUUUUAUCAAAAAUGCACGUGGUGGUAAUGAAGAUUUACCUUAUACUUCAUUUUGUAAACAACUUCCAGGUGUUAUUUGUAAUAAUCCACGUAUAAAACAAGCAUUUGAUAAUUUGAAUUUGAAUAUGGAAAGUUAUGAACUAACUUUUGAACACCAACGUUUACCACUUGGAAUGGAAUUUUUAGAUGAAGCUAUUGAUUUUAUGAAAAACAACAACCAUUUUGUCCAAUAUUAUCAUAAUUAUUAUAAAGAAGAUUCUCGUUUCAAGUCUUUUCGAGAAAUGAUUGAUGAACGUAUUCGUCUUGCUGAAAUCGUACAAAAUGAAGAUAACAUCUGUUCAAAUGAUCUUCUUCUUGUCAACAGCAAUCAACAACGGAAUAUUCAUGAUAAAAAUUUUGCUUCAACGAAUAGCAUUAUUGACAAACAGAUGGUGACAACAGCAGAUAUUAUUGAAGCAUCUUCUGUUCAAACAAAUUGCAAAAGUGUUUCUGAAUCUUCAAUUAAAAAUAUUUUCUUAAAUACACAAAUUCAAAUAAUUGAUCAAGAUGUUGAUGUAACUUGCCAAGAACAGGGUACUACUGCUGAUAGUGGCAAUGAAGUCGAACAGCAAUCUAUUCAAAUAGCAACAAAUUUAGAUGCAGAUUUAGCUUCAAAAAAACAAUUAUCACCAUUACAUGAAAGCGCCAACGCUUUCGAUGGCAACACUACAACUGAAUCAUCAACAAAAGGUUCAAGUAGCAACAUCGUUAUUACUGAUACACAAAAUGUCAAACAUGACCAUUUGAAUUCUCUUUUCGAAAUCAGUCAAUCCCAACAUCAAGAUGAACGAUUUUCUCUUGAUGCAACAGUAUUACCACAAAAUGACCCAUUGAAGGAUCUUACAAAUACCAUUGAAACACGUUUAACUGAUAUUGAUAAUCAAAAUUUUCAAAAAAGAAACAAACGAGGCCGUCCAAACUCAACAAAUACAACAUCUCAAAAAUGGUCAAUGGAAGAGGUGAACAAUGUCAUCGUCGAUCCAAAAUCUUCAUCUAUUUGGAAAUCAAUAUUAAUAAAACGUCAAUUUAUUCUUGGUACAUUAACGGAUUUAUUUAAAAUGAUACCAUCUAAAUUGUUUAAUGAAGAUGCUCGACUUAAACUGGUUGAAUUUCUUAUUUUUAAAAAAAUAUUGUUAAAAGAUAAUUGGUUUUGUGAUGCUAAAGGAAAUCCAAUUGCUGGUUAUAUGAAAGGCAGUCCUGCUGAUCCACCUGUAUCAUUAACUUUAGCUGAUUUUAAUAUUGAUAUUGAAGAAUAUAAACGUUCUUUAAAUGUUCAUCAGAACGUUAAGCGAAUUAUUGAUGGAAAAAUUAUUAAUCGAUCCUAUUUAUAUAGUAGUUUAUUACAAGAACACAUUAAAAAUGAUGAAUGGUUUAAAAAUAAUCUCGAAAUUAAUGUAAAGUUCAUGUAUGUACGAAAAGAACCAUUACAAACUACAUCCAAUUAUCAAACUGAUCAAUUUCAAAAAGAACAAAAAAAGAAAGUUCAUCAAGCAAUGAUUAAUCAAAAACGAAAAGUUGACGAAUUACAAACACAAACAUCAAUGAUAUGUGGAUCGGAUAUACCUGCUAAACGUAAACGAAAACCAAAAAUUUAUGAUGAUUAA